GGCCAGCUCGUCGAUGGAGAUGGAACUAUGAUUAACCCCCAAAAUAACUUUUGACAAAACUACCCUUUUUCCUUUUUUUUCCAAAUUGAAAAAAGGAAACUAAGAACAGAAAAUUGAAAAAAAGGAAAUUGACAAGUUACUUGGGUACUAAGCAAUUACGUUAUUUCCUUUUUUUUUUUGCGACUCACCACAAUUGCUAUAUAUGUUCUACUAGCACUCUCAUUAUUUCCAAUAUUUCUUCUUCUACUUCUAGUUUAUCAUUCAUCAAACCCUAAGCCACCUGAGAGAAUCAACAAACGAAGAAAGAACAAGAUGAAGGAUUUGAUUGCUGCUGCCAUCAAGAGCACUUACGAUACUCGGAGCCCUGGUGGAGUCGAUCGUUGCAUCGAUCUAUUGAUUCGGUUGAAGUCUCUGUCUCUCUCCGUCAAAGAUAUUCUUUACUUCUCCAAGUCGAUUUUCAAACUCGAGACUUUGAGAAGGCAUCGAAACCCUAAAAUCCGGGAAGUGUCUCAAUCUUUGUUUACUUCCUUGUUGAAGACGCUCUACUCGCAAGGGACAGACAACCCGGCCGGUCUUAACAAAGCUCGUCUGAAGAGGAAAGAGGCAAAUACCGGGUCUUUGACGAAUAAAAGGGCAAAGACCAAUCUUUUGGUUUCGGACAAGAAACAAGAUCACAAAACUCUCGCUCGGGAACCUGUGGUAAGGAGGGCUGAGACAAAGAAGACCGAUGCUUGCAUGUCUGUUACGACCAAGCCUGUUACUACCACGGCUCUUCCUCAGCAAUCGAGACGGGACAUCAAAGAUGGUAAGGUUACAACCAAAACCUUGAUUCCUCCUCCGAGGAGAGUCCCUGCUUGCAAGAACGUUCCAGCGAAGGCUUCUAGAAACCCUAAAACAGAGGAGAUGGUUGAGCUGUUUGAAGCAGCAAAAAAAGCGGCUGACGUGGCCAAUGCUAAGGGUAUUCUCUCUGGCAAAUCAGACGCGUUGAGGUGUGUUGAGGCUAUCUCAUUACUCAUGAAGAUGAACGUCACUCCUAAACCUAAUGAGCCAAGGAAGAUGAUCGAAAGGCUGGAGAGACUUGCCAAGCACAAGGACCGUACGAUUUGCAGUGCUGCAACAACCCUUCUCCAGAUUUGGAGGCAGAGGAUCAGAGAACAAGAACGUAAAGAGUCUUCUGCCAUCAAGAACCCUCGUAGAGUUCAACGAACAUGCGGUCAGGGCUUCACAAGAGAAUCUACAAAGGCGAUGAAGUUAGUGAUGUGAAGAUUGUAGCUUGAACAAAAGAAUGUCUCUGUUGGAUUCAAUAUAGCUUGUAGUAGUAAAUCAUUGUAUCAAGAGUAGUAUGAAAGUGAGGAAAAGAUGGAAACCAUUUGUAAGAAACUUAUUCAAUAGUCGUCAGUAAAUAAGAUUUAUUUUGUUUCUUGUUAUGCUUCCACAGUUGCAUUGCAUGAGCAUGUUGUUUGAUAUUGAAGUUUCUUAAAAGUCAGUGGUUCCAGCAACUCUGUUAUCAUAAAAUAGAUAGUUUAAAGUAACACUCAUCAUCCUAUAAAUUAUCUCUAAGCUUUUGCUUCGUGUCAAUAAAGAUAAUUUAUAUUGUUUUUUUUAUGUUUCUACAAUUGCAUUCGCACUGCAUGAAUGCUUUGUUUGAUAUUGAAAUAGCUAUAUUUUCAGCUCCUAUGUUGUCAUUAAAUAGUUUAAAGUAACACAGAACAUAAUAGAAACAGAAUUAAACAACUUUAUUCUAAGGGCGUAUGAUGCCUCCGAGGGUGCAGUGGGAGUUGGAUGAACGCUAUAACUGUGUGAAUAUCAGUGGAAUGAUCUGUGGUUUAAUUUGGUCAGCACGACAAUGCCUAAUGUCCUUUUCUAAAGGACCAGACUGUAUUAUAUCUUGAAGAAAUUGUGUGAGAACCAGACCUCCCAAUCUCUACAAGAAAUUUGUCAGUUUCCAAAAAAGUAUAAGGGGUACGUACAUGGAGAAGCUAGUCGAUGAAGCUAGGGAAAACAAUGGCUUGUUGAUUCGCAGACAUUGCUUGCUCUUCAGUGAAGUGUUAAUGGACAGUGAAAAAAGAAUUAGAUAACUGUUCAAAACUACAGACCUUUACCAUGUUCAGCUCUGAUAAGAUAAUUAAUUUUACAAGCGAACCCAUUGAACUGCUGAAUUUGCAGAAUCAACACUGUCGGUAAAAAUACUGGAAGAUUGUGGCAUGUGUCUCAGGGAAUCUGAAAACAAAACAAAAAACAUAUGGGUGCCAAAUUAAUACAAAAGAAACUUCUGGCGGACAAUUAAAAUAUAACUAAAUAAUAGGGCCUUUUCUGUAAUUUACACAAGUCGGGGAUUGAAUGGAUGGAUAAGGCUCUGUCUGGGUCAGGACAAGGUUUCUGAAGUUCCAUCAGCUCACUCAACUCUCUUCUCCGAUCCAAACUCGGUGUCACAAGAUUGGAUUAAAAGAAGGAGCCAUGACAAGUCUUAUGAUGGCCACACCAUUCGCAGACACCGUUGGAAGAGCUAUACAACGUUAAAGUGGAGCGGAAAGUGUCACAGAGACGGUUAGAUGAGCUCGGGGUUUCCAGAUGGUCGGUUUGGAAGACUGGGAAGUGCAAACUGCCAUGGGACUGGCAGGUGGAUCAGUUGGUUUACAUAGAAGAAGGAGAGGUCCGUGUUGUUCCCGAAGGCAGCGAGAGGUUUAUGCAGUUUUUAGCCGGAGAUCUUGUUAGGUACCCGAAAUGGUUGGAGGCUGAUCUUUUCUUCAACGCUCCUUACCGCGAACGCUAUUGUUUCAAGGCCUAUGGUGAUGACUGAUUCAAGAAAAGAGUUGAGUUUAGAGGCUUAGAGCCAAUAAAAUUUCCGCUUGUGUUUGUGUUGUUGUAGCCUGAUGGAUCUUUUUGGGGAUGAUAAUAAUAUAACAAUACAAUUUCUCCUCUUCCUCAGAAAUUUGUGUAAAGCUUACAUAAUUAAACAGGCCUAAAUCUUUGAGUCA